GCAGCAAGCUCGCUGGCAAUAAGGGCCUUUUCUCCGGACAUGCAGGAUGGACGGGCGAUAUCACCGGGCUGCCCGGGACGGAUUCCUGGAUCUUUUGAAGGAGGCGACCCGGAGAGAACUGAACUCUCCGGACGAAGAUGGCAUGACACCUACAUUGUGGGCUGCUUAUCAUGGUCACUUGGGUGCACUAAGGGUCAUCGUGAGCCGUGGGGGUGAUCCUGAUAAAUGUGACAUCUGGGGGAAUACACCUCUGCAUCUCUCUGCAGCCAAUGGGCACUUAAACUGCCUGUCCUUUCUAGUAUCGUUUGGAGCCAACAUUUGGUGUCUGGAUAAUGAUUAUCACACGCCACUGGAUAUGGCAGCCACCAAGGGCCACAUGGAAUGUGUGCGUUACCUGGAUUCUAUUGCGGCUAAACAGACUAGUUUGAAUCCUAAACUAGUUAGCAAGUUGAAAGAUCGAGCAUUCCGUGAGGCUGAGAGGAGGAUAAGAAACUGUGCAAAGCUGCAGCGCAAACAUCAUGAGCGCAUGGAAAGACGUUACCGCAAAGAGUUGACUGACCAUUCGGACACCAUGAGCUUUUCCAGCUAUUCCAGCUCUGUAAGCCAGCGUUUUCCCAGUGCCACAUUGCUUACCACCAUGCCAUAUUCUCAUGCUGCGGGCACCACCAAAGGCAAGACUAAGAUGCAAAAGAAGUUAGAGAAGAGGAAACAGAUAGAAGGAACAUUCAAAAUAUAUGAGGAUGGUAGAAAGAGCGUGCGCUCACUCUCAGGCCUUCAACUGGGAAACGAUGUCAUGUUUGUAAAACAAGGCACCUAUGCAAGCCCUCGUGAACGUAGUCGCCAACAUUUGCGUGAUAUGUUUCUGCCAGAGGAAGACUCCCUCUCUCGGGCUGUUAGUGACCCUGGACUUCAUGGAGAUUCUGCUCAUUCUGAGGUCAGCACUGACUCAGGACAUGAUUCUUUGUUCACCAGGCCAGGUUUAGGCACUAUGGUUUUUCGGAGGAACUACCUAAGCAGCGGACUGUUUGGAAUGGGGAGAGACGAAACCAAUGGUUUGCAUGGAGGGGAAAAUGAAGAGAUAAUGCUUCAAAGUCGUCUUAAACGAUCUUCAAGUCUGGAUGAUAGCAUUGGAAGUGCUGGCAGUUUGGAAGGGAGAAAUGAGCAGGAACUGCCUUGGGAGGAAGAUGAGUUGGGGUUAGAUGAUGGAGAAGAGCCAGAAACCAGUCCCUUGGAAACAUUCUUGGCUUCACUGCAGAUGUCUGAGCUCUUCUCCCUACUGCAAGAUGAGAAGAUUGACUUGGCAGCCCUCACCCUAUGCUCAGACCAUGACCUUAAGAGUAUUUCCAUCCCGUUGGGCCCCAGAAAAAAGAUUCUGGAUGGGAUUCUAAGGCGGAAGCAAGCACUGGAGAGGUUCACGGUCAUGGGGGAUACAGAACUAUAGUAAAGUCAACCAAGAAACCCAAUGACAGUGCCAGAAAACUGAAUGACCAAUCGCUGGGCUAGUAACUGCUCUGUCUUUUCCAUGCCAAAUGUGUGCCAUUGAUCAUGACACAAAAUAUUAGCAUAUCACAUGGUCCAGUAAUCUGCCAAAACAGAAUUGCAUUCCUGUUCAUAUGGAGAAAUGUGGGACUGGGAAGAUAUCAGGCCUGUGCUGUCAUGUGCUAUUUUCCUCAAAAUAUAUGCUUGCCUAUUCCUAGUGCUGGGCUACCUAAUAAACGCAUGUAGACAAGCAA